AUGAUUCUCAUGGGCUGGGGUGGCGCAUCGGGCGCGCAGCCCAUUGUCGGCAUCUUCUUUUUCGGCGCCAUGCUUCUCAUUGUCGCUUCCAUCUUUGAGUGGAUCAUGGGCAACUUUUUCUCCAUGCUGACCAUGGGUGUCUUUGGCGUCUUCUGGCUGUCCUUUGGCCUUCUCCUGUUCCCGACGCUGAACCUCACCGCCCCCUAUGUGACCGCAGACGACCCGACCGGCCUGGCGUCACCGGCCUGGAACGCCGGCCUGGCCCUGUUCCUGAUCGUCUGGGGCUUUGUCAUCCUCACGUUGACCAUCUUCACGCUCAAGAUCAACGUCGUCUUCGUCGUCAUCUACUGCAUUCUCAUCGCCUUCUCGUUUGUCAUGUCCGGCUGCUACUGGCGCCUGUCCCAUGGCGAUGUCCACGGUGCCGCCAAGCUCCAAAAAGCGGCGGGUGCGCUGCUCUUCGCGGCGGCUGCCUUGGGCUGGUACAUUACGACCAUCAUCAUUGCCGGCGAAAUGCGCUUCCCCUUGCCGCUCCCCGUCGGUGAUCUGAGCCAUUUGUGGCCCGAGACCAACGUCGCCCUGGCCGACGACAAGCGUGACUAA